AUGCAUGAUCGGACUCACGUUACCCGGAAAUUUAUGGCGGUCAAAGCGGACCAGACGCACUACAUAGUGGAACUAGAAUUGCAUGACCGGACUCACGCUACCCGGAAAUUUAUGGCGGUCAAAGCGGACCAGACGCACUACAUAGUGGACUCGUUGAAAACGCCAAUUGGAGUGAUCAAGCGUGCCGCUUUAUGCAUGUACGACACGCUUGUUAUUAGCAGCGAUGCUACCUAUGUAUUAUCGCAUUUUAAAAUAUCUUCCUGUUAA